AUGGCUCCCAUGCUCCCUCCUACUCAAAUUGGCGGCGUCGGCCCCCAGAGCGCGACCUUGAUCCUCCAGCAUAUCCAAGAAAUGUCCUCGAAACGAAUAUCAACCCUCAAUUAUUUACGCAAAGCCCACGACGGUCAGGUCUAUUGGUUUAAUACGAUACGCUUCUCUAAAAGCGACCUCAUGAAGAUGCCCUACUUUGAUGCUAAAAAGCUGUCUCGCCGUGCGAUAAACUAUUUACUCCUCGGACUUUCGCUUCCCCCGAUUUUAGACGUGAACUCAACACCGCUAGAAUACCUUCGCUCUCUGCAUGCUCUGUUGGUCGAGUUUGAGUCCUUCCAACAAGUUCAUUCCCCGGAUGGGAACUCUUCGUCGAAUCUGGUCAGAGCAAGGAUACCCCAAAUGUUCAGGAGGACAACAUACUCUGGCAGUAAAGCUAGGAGGACAAGUUCAGCCAACGAGAUUGGCCUGCCAAUGCACUUUGGUGACUCCUCAGAUGUCAAAGCAAUGACAGGGAACCUCGCUUCUUCAGCAACUGCAGCAUCGGCAAUAACCUCAUUUUCCCAUCCCGAAUCUUCAGAUCUACACCCCGGAGAAGAAUAUACAUAUCUCCUAACGCCUUCGCUUCCGUUUGACCCCGAUUUCUUCGAGACAUUUGCAACCCUCUGCGACGUAUUGAUCGAUUGCUACACUAGACUCAUAAGCCUUGUUUCUAGUCCUGUAGCCUGUACUUCGGCAGUGGCGGAGCUUUUCACCAAGACCGAUGCCAAGCUUCGCAAGGUGAUGGUUGCAGGUGUUGUGAGAGAGUUCGAGGAGGCUAGUAGGAGCAGCGCGAAGAACGAGCUUGGGGGCGUGAGUAGGGUUGUCCUAGGGGGGCUGAUGGGUUAA